AUGUUAAAAAGUAAUGAAACUAAAAAUUAAUAAGGUGAGGACAUCAGUAAAGAAGAAACAGAAGAGAAGGAAUUAAUGCAAAGUAGACAAUUUUCCAUCUUCAAAAAGUCCAACUGUUAAGAGCCAUCUAUGGUCAAGUAAAUUAUUGUUUAAUUUUGAGGAAUUACAAAUCACAAAUUAUAGAUUCCGAUGAAGAAAAUGAUAAGAAAGAUCCUGACAAUGAUGAUGAAGAAGUAGAAUUUAAGGUGUGGACCAGUUUAAAAAAGUCUACUACACUGCCCUAACGUGCAUAAAUAUCAUAAAAGAGUGUUGAAAAAGAAGAAGACGCCAACAAUUUAAAACCUUUAGAUUUCGAAGAGGUUUUAAAAUAAAGUUAGAUUACCUUCAGUUAGCAUAGAUAAAACUUUACAAAUGAUGAAUAAGUUACUAAGCCUUAAUUUAAAAGUGUGAGAAUUACUCAAAUUGAUUCAGAUAAUGAUGAAGAAGAAUAGUACGAUAAAGUGGCUUUAGAUAUUGAAGCCCAUCGAGAUUUGGAGACAGAAAUAACGGCUGACAAUAGAGUUAUGAUGAGCGUCAUAUAGAGUAAGUUAUCUUAAUCAAUUUAAUAAUAAUUCAAAUAGCAAUAAUCUUUAGAUAAUUAAUUAAAAACUAAUGAAUAGGAUGAGAUCUUUAAAUCUAAGAUUGUUUUCAUCAAUAAAACACCAGUGAUUAUAAGAGAAGAUGAUCUAUACAUUCGUAAAAUCACAAAGGUUCAAAAUAAUUUUAGAUUUGUCAAACCUUUUAAAAAACUUAAAAAAUAGCAUCGCUACAGAGUAAAUAUAAUAAAUGAGUUAAUAUACACAGAAAAAAAUUAUGUGAGUGAUCUUAAUUCUAUCAGAGAGCAAAUAUUUAAGCCUCUCUCCUAAUUGAUUGAUUGUUAAUAUGAUUUGAAAAUUAUGUUUAAUUUGGAAAGCAUUUGUGAAUUUAACUAGGAAUUUUUGAAAGUUCUUUUAACUAAAACUUAGAAUUUUAAAGAAAAACCUUAUGCCUAGGUUAUGGAUGAAAUAGUUGUCCUGUUACCAGGUUUUAGGUUUUAUUUUGAUUAUUGUAAAGAGUAUUAAGCUACUCGAAAAAUACGAGAUCACUAUUCUAACACAAAUUAGGUUUAUUAAAAGUUUUUUAAUGAUUUGUUAGAGAAACAACCAAAUUUCUUCAAUAACUUAGAUUUAGAAAGUUAUCUUAUUAAACCUGUUUAGAGAUUACCUAAAUAUAUUUUAUUAUUUANGGAAUUACUUAAUAAUAGAUUUGAAAUAAAUAUUAAGGAAUGGUAUUUUAAUUAUAAAUAAUAAUAAUUCAAUCUUAAUUAGUAAUAUCAAUCCUAGAUGUUAAAAAGUAAUGAAACUAAAAAUUAAUAAGGUGAGGACAUCAGUAAAGAAGAAACAGAAGAGAAGGAAUUAAUGCAAAGUAGACAAUUUUCCAUCUUCAAAAAGUCCAACUGUUAAGAGCCAUCUAUGGUCAAGUAAAUUAUUGUUUAAUUUUGAGGAAUUACAAAUCACAAAUUAUAGAUUCCGAUGAAGAAAAUGAUAAGAAAGAUCCUGACAAUGAUGAUGAAGAAGUAGAAUUUAAGGUGUGGACCAGUUUAAAAAAGUCUACUACACUGCCCUAACGUGCAUAAAUAUCAUAAAAGAGUGUUGAAAAAGAAGAAGACGCCAACAAUUUAAAACCUUUAGAUUUCGAAGAGGUUUUAAAAUAAAGUUAGAUUACCUUCAGUUAGCAUAGAUAAAACUUUACAAAUGAUGAAUAAGUUACUAAGCCUUAAUUUAAAAGUGUGAGAAUUACUCAAAUUGAUUCAGAUAAUGAUGAAGAAGAAUAGUACGAUAAAGUGGCUUUAGAUAUUGAAGCCCAUCGAGAUUUGGAGACAGAAAUAACGGCUGACAAUAGAGUUAUGAUGAGCGUCAUAUAGAGUAAGUUAUCUUAAUCAAUUUAAUAAUAAUUCAAAUAGCAAUAAUCUUUAGAUAAUUAAUUAAAAACUAAUGAAUAGGAUGAGAUCUUUAAAUCUAAGAUUGUUUUCAUCAAUAAAACACCAGUGAUUAUAAGAGAAGAUGAUCUAUACAUUCGUAAAAUCACAAAGGUUCAAAAUAAUUUUAGAUUUGUCAAACCUUUUAAAAAACUUAAAAAAUAGCAUCGCUACAGAGUAAAUAUAAUAAAUGAGUUAAUAUACACAGAAAAAAAUUAUGUGAGUGAUCUUAAUUCUAUCAGAGAGCAAAUAUUUAAGCCUCUCUCCUAAUUGAUUGAUUGUUAAUAUGAUUUGAAAAUUAUGUUUAAUUUGGAAAGCAUUUGUGAAUUUAACUAGGAAUUUUUGAAAGUUCUUUUAACUAAAACUUAGAAUUUUAAAGAAAAACCUUAUGCCUAGGUUAUGGAUGAAAUAGUUGUCCUGUUACCAGGUUUUAGGUUUUAUUUUGAUUAUUGUAAAGAGUAUUAAGCUACUCGAAAAAUACGAGAUCACUAUUCUAACACAAAUUAGGUUUAUUAAAAGUUUUUUAAUGAUUUGUUAGAGAAACAACCAAAUUUCUUCAAUAACUUAGAUUUAGAAAGUUAUCUUAUUAAACCUGUUUAGAGAUUACCUAAAUAUAUUUUAUUAUUUAAAGAUUUGUUAAAGCACACUAAUAAAGAACAUCCAGAUUAUAACAAUAUUGAAUAAUGUUUGAAGCUCUUCUAAUAAAUCAAUGAUAAAAACAAUCAUUAAAUCAAAACUUAGUUAGAAUAAUUAAAAUUAGUGGAACUUUAAAAUAACUUUGGAUAACACAUAAUACUUGUUGAACCUGGCAGAGUCUUUUGCUUUGAAGAGUUCUGCUCUACUUACACAGAUAAACUACAUAAUAAUAUAAUAUUAUAUGCAUUUAAUAAUCUAUUAUUAUUUGCAUACAAUAAGUAAAAUGGAUAAUAGGGGUAUUUUUCACAUCUUCACUUAACUUAUCAAUCAUAUGUUAAAGAUAAAGAAAAUACGGAUUAUUUUGAACAUUUUUUUGAAGUGGUUAAUAAGACUGAAUCUAUCAUCAUAAUUAAUCAAGAUAAUGAAUCGAAAAUGGCAUUACUGUCGAAGAUAUAAGAAAUAAUCCAGUAACUUAAAGACAAAUAAAUCAAUAUGCAAAAUUUAAUAAAAUAAGCAAGUAUUAUGCCUGAAGUUAAUAAUGCUCAAAAAGACUAAAAGCAUGAUUUUGAAAUAAAAGUGAUUGUAAUUGGAACGGAAAUAAGAAACUCGAAAUUUAAUCCUUAUACAGUAUACGUAGUAAACAUCUUCAUUUAAGAAUAUUAAACUAAGAUAUUUGUAAGGUACAGCCAAAUAGUUUCCUUAUAAACCAUUGUCAAUAAGUUUGAUUCUAGUUUAAAAGUGCCAGUAUUUUAAACAUUGAAUUGGUUUCUUUCAAACGACGAAAAAGUAAUAGAUGAGAGAAAACUAUUAAUUGAAAAAUUCUUAUCCUCAGUGUUGAAUUCUUAAAAAUGCCAAACAGCUAGUGAAUAUUAAAAAUAGGUUUUGGAAUUGCUAAAUCUAAACUAGGAUUUCUUUUAAAUUCCUUUAAAACUGAAUUCGAAUUCUAACAAUAAAUUGGGCGAUGAAGACAUGAGGAAAAUGAUAUUGUAGAGUCAAUUUUCUUUUGGCAUUAAACCUAAUUUACUUUAAUCAUUGAUAAUGAAAGGAAAGUCUACAAACAUAAUGUAAGCAGCUAAAGCCUCCAUCUAAAAAUUGAACAUAACGGCUAUUGAAUAAGGUAAUUAAAUAGUGAUUGGAUAAGAUGCAUCUAAAUAACCGUAUUGUAUCGAGGUAAGUCUCAUGGAUGAUAGAAAAAUAAUGGUGGGAUUUAAAAAGCAAACGUUAACCUUAUUCAUUAAGAAUGAAGUUGCUAAAUUUGUAGGAUUAAAAUAGUGGCUUGAUUUUAGAUUAUUCAUUGUGGAUUAGAAUAAAGAUCAGAGAGUUAUUGAUGAUGAUGAAACAAUGUCAUCUAUCUUGGAUGCUCAUAUAAAUGAAAACACAGGUUUGAUAAAUGCUUUUAAGAAGUUAUUAACAGUUUAGCAGAAAUUCUAAUUUGUAUUUAGAAAAUACUUCUACUUGUAAUGGAAAUAAGAAGAAGCUGAUUACAGUUAAGAUCAAUAAAGACUUUUAUAUUUAAUCUAUGAUAUCAUUUGGGAAAUAAAAAAUGAAAAUUUUCAAUAUAAUUUUAAUCAAUUUUGUUUGAUAGUCGCAUUAUUCUAUUAUUCAACAAGCACCACUCAAGAUUAAAUUUCUUAGCUUAUGCAUAGAAUAAUCCCUAAGAAUUAUAUAAAAAAGAAAAAAGAUGAAGUUUGGUUGAAAGAAAUUGUUUAUAAUAUCAAUGCCUUAUAAUAAGAGUUAAAGAAAAUGUAAAAAGAAUCAUAAUAAUAAGCCGAAAAAAAGAACCAAAAAUGUCUAAACAAUUCUAUUAGUGGAUAAGCUUAGUUAAUGCUUAUGAAUUAUUUGAAAACUCACUCCCUUUUUGGAAUGUAAUAAUUUUUGGUUGAAUGCAACAAAUAAACCAUUCAACUCUUCUAAAAGAAUUUUAAUAUUAAAAUAAGUACUCAUAUGUUUAUUGGAUUGAACUAUAAUGGAUUUCAUAUUUUGAAUCCUGAAACAAAAGCCAUACUUUAUACAUGUUAAUAUCAAAAGCUGACUGAAAUGAAAGCUUGCACAACAGAAUUUUCAUGUAUCAUUGACUCUACAAAAUUAUCCUUUAAAACUUAACUUUCCUUUGAAGUAAAAAUUUAUUUAAUUUCAUUAGAUAAAAUCAUUGAUUCUUGAGUUUAAAUAAUUGUAGGAAUUCACUAAUCAAAUAGCUUAUGGUGCACAUUGA